GCGUUUUUGUUCCCAUAAUUCCCUAAUCAAAACAUGUCUGCCACAUGGGCCAAAUCAAGACCUUGGCAUGACUCUCACACAUCUGCCCAAGGAGGUUCUCCAUAUAUCGGUUGAAAAGUAACUACAUGUACUCCUCACUUAACGACCUGCCUGUUUAACAACGACUGGGACUAACAACCAGCUCUCCGACCAGUGUACUCAUGAGGGAAUCCAAGCACAAGUGGCACCAUGAGGGCUGCUGUAAUAAUAUUGUGGCCCUAGCCUAGGAUGACCCAUGAUUUCCAGUUAUGGUGUGAGGAUUGUCAGAAGAGUCACGAAGGUGAUUGUGAGGAGCACGGUCCAUUAAAGAAAGUGGCAGACACAGAAGUAUCUACUCGAGCCAGACGUUCAAUACCACACAUUCUUCAGCUGAAAGAGGAAGACACCCAUAUUGGUGUGUAUGCAAGGGAGGUGCUGCAUAAAAGAUUGCAGUUUGGUCCUCUGCAAGCUGAGAGGGUACUUGCUGGCACCCAACAGACAGCUAUUGAAGAAGAAAUCACAGAGAGGUUUGGCAUUGUUUUCAAGAUAACACAAGAGGAAGGGGACUACUUACUUCUUGAUACACAACAAGAAGAGCGCAGCAACUGGAUGAUUUUUGUGCGACCUGCAACGAGAAAGACUGAACAGAAUUUGGUGGCAUUCCAGUACAAAGGAGAAAUAUAUUUUGCAACUAUUAAAGAAAUACCAGCACAAUGUGAACUCAAAGUAUGGUUUUCAAAGGACUAUGCUGAAAGGAUGGGAACAAGAAUACUUGCUGGUAAAACUUUUCAUUUUCUACAUAAUCAUAAUAAUAUAUAGGUAUAUUUAUGAUUGUAUAUCUUUAUACAUAUAUGCUUCUAAGCUGUUGUAUUCUGAGCACCUCUGCAAAAACAGUGAUUAUGUGUGAGUGAGGUGAAAGUGUUGAAUGAUGAUGAAAGUAUUUUCUUUUUGGGUCACCCUGUUUCGGUGGGAGACAGCCGACUUGUUAAAAAAAAAAAAGUAUCUAUUUUCACUUCAUUAAUAUUCGCCAUAAAAUGAAGUUUUGAUAAUAUAUUGGCUUUCUCCUGUACAGCUACCUGUGUGAGUUUGUGGAGGUAUGCUCCAGCUCUUAUGCUGGUCUUUUUAACUUUAGACUGACUGAUGAGGAAUAGCUUGGUUAUAUCUGCUUUCAAAGUCCUGUGUGGAGUUCACUCUCACUGUGUCAUUCAGUUCUUUCCCCCUUUUUGUAUCCUUGUGACUCGUAUGGACUUUCCAUCCACACCCUCUUUUUCUAAAUUCUUCUCUUGCAUAAAGCCUAUUAUUGUCCACCCAAUCCAUUCCCCAUGGUAUUUUUUGUCGUGAUUAUAUCGGGUCAUGUUCUUCCAGAAACGGGAGGCUUUCUUCAUAAUUAAUUUUCCCAACUCAGCACCAGUCAGGAUGUGCCCCUUUGAAAUUUCUUGUGGUUCACUGUGUCUUGACUAGGUGAGGAUUCCACAAUGUUGCUGCAUACUCACAAAUAUAUCACGCACAUGAGAUAAAAAUAUUUUGAAUACUGUUUAACUUUUUCUAGGUUCCUGAAUGUCAUUCUUAUAUUAGGUUCAACUUCAGCAAUAAUUUUUUAACCAUUCCCCAAGUCUGUCCAGUUCUCCCAGCAGCCUUCCAUCUUUUUUUAAUUUGUAUUUUUCUUUUCAUUUUGUUAUCUUUUGAAAACUAAGGAGUUUAUUCCUUUUGGUAGGAAUGUUAUGAGGUUCAACACUGAUCAUUGUGGUGACUCCAUUCUUCAAUCCUUACUGCAACUCUGUUCCAUAUCAUUCAUGUAAUCCUUUAACCAUAUCAGUACUGGUCUCAUACUGGGCCUCCACAAUUAGAUAGGAAAUAUUACUGAAAUAAGUAAUGAAACUAUAUGUGUAUAUUGAAUAUAAGUCAAAGUUUAUAAGAUUUAUGUCAUCUUGCAUAUUCAUGAGAAAAAGAAAUAGCCAGUAAUCCUGUCAGUGUGUGAAAUGUUUAAUAAGCUUCCAUUUGAUGUCCAUAUGAGAGGACAGUAUUAGCUCCCUGGAUGGUACAUUAACUUGAAUCACUUCUUUAAUGCAGUGAUAAAUAAAAAAUUAUUGUAUUGAAGAAAUCAAAUCACAGAAUGAGUGAGGCUUGAACCCAUGGCAAGUGAGUCUAAAACAUGCAGGCCAGUGUGCUAACCACUGGACCAUACUGACAUAAGUCAUCCAGUUAGGUUGACCAACUUUGAUUGACAGUCUGGUCUCAUAGGCAAUUGAAGCUUUUAAGAUUUUUUUUUCACAUAAAUUCCCAGAUUGUAAUUAUUCUCACUUGCACAUGGUAUCUAAUAACUCCUUUGGUAUGUGGACUGGUAAGCCAGUGGAAGGCCUCUGUCAGGUGACCAAAAGCUCCAACGACAGGUCAUCAUCUGACUAAGACCCACGUCAGGAAACACUUGAUCUGUUUCCUGACAAACCUUACCUAACCUUUGCUAUGUUAUGAAGUUCCUCAUUUACCUUGUCAAAGUGUUCUUCCUAUCCAUGUGUUAAAUGGUGGGUUGUUUGUAUUGACACUUAAGGAAGUUUUGACCUGGUUUUAGAGUUUUACUCUAAAGUUUCAAUAUUAUUUGUCUUUUGAAAUUAAAUUUGCAUUGCUUGUACUUUAAUAAUCUACUUCAUUUUUUCUGUCUGUCCCAUCUCCAUACUGUGUAGUUUACUUCAAGUGCUACCAUGUUUAGAUUUUAUUGUUUCAGUUAUUUUAAGACUCAUACAGUAGUACAGUACAGUAUCAUAUUUAGCUCUAAUAUUACCCCAUCUGUUUUUAUAUAAAAAUCUUUAUAGAAACGUUAGUCUACUGUCUUCCUGGUUUUCAUUUUUUGUGUUUGUGUGUAUGGUACUGUGUUAAGAGAGGAACAGCACAUGCAGUGCAGUGGGUACUGCCCUAUAACUUCAAGUUUCAUGACUCCUAACACAUAUGUAAAGUUAGUUAAUGUUAUUAUUUAUCUGUUUGCAUUUAGAAAACUUGCUGCAUUUUCUUUCCCAGUGAUAUUGAAGUUCAAUUUUUUCAAAACAUACUGCACAGGGUGUGAUUUUGGAUUUUAUUCCUGCCGUAUUGAAUGGGUUAAUUCCAGAGUUCGUUGAUAGUUUUAGAUCUUUUACUUUUAUAUUCCGCCAUAAAUAACAGUGAUGCACAUUGGUAACUGACAUUCUGCAUCGUUUAAUCAGACUAUAUGUAAAUUCUCAGAAUGUUGUAUAUGUUUCCUUUGCCAUUCUAUACGUAUAAUAGUGCUGAGAUUUUCUUCCAUCUCAAAUGCGAUACCUUGAUUCUAAAAGUACAUAUACUCAAUACAUGCUCCUUCUUACUUCAAUAGAUCAAUUUAUCAGUACAGUGGUCCCUCAAUAAUCGUCCGGCCUGAAAGUCGUAUAUUUCAGAAAUAGUCCUGUUAUUUCGUCUAAACAUUGGCUCGCAAAUGGUCCGUUAACUCGCUAAUAGUCCUUCGUCCGGGACGCGUACUCACGCUCUGAGCCGCCUGGGCCUUCCCUUCCCAGCCAGUGUGCCAUUGUUUACCAGUGAGCGACGGUCCCCUCAUUUGCUCCAAUAAAAUAUUUCAUAAUAUUCCAUUGAUUUUAGUGCUUGCAAGUGCUAAAUAAGCUACCAUGGCUCCAAAGAAAGCUUCUAGUGCCAAGACUUUGGUAAAGAAGGUGACAAAUACGAUUGAAUUUAAGAAAAACAUCAUUGAACAGUAUGAUAGUGGCGUACAUGUGGGCAAACUGGCCAGGAUGUAUAACAAAUCCCGUACAACCAUAUCUUCCAUCAUAGCAAAGGGGUAAAUAUGCUGACAAAAAUGAGAUCACCAGUACUUGAAGAUGUUGAGAAGUUAUUAUUGGUGUGGAUAAACGAGAAACAAUUAGCAGGAGAUAGUCUUAUGACGUCGCUAUUUGUGAAAAGGCUAGGCAGUUGCAUGACGAUUUGGUAAAGAAAUUGCCUGCAACUAGUGGUGAUGUGAGUGAAUUUAAGGCCAGCAAAGGCUGGUUUGAGAGAUGUAAGAAGCGUACUGGCAUACACAGUGUGGUAAGGCAUGGUGAGGCUGCCAGUUCUGACAACAAAGCGGCUGAAAAAUCUUUCUUUCUUUCAACACACUGGCUGUAUCCCACCAAGGCAGGGUGGCCCAAAAAGAAAAACGCAAGUUUCUCUUUUGAAUUUAGUAAUUUAUAUGGGAGAAGGGGUUACUAGCAGGAAUUCAAGGAGUACAUAGAGACUGAAGGACUGAAACCUGAACAAAUGUUCAAUUGUGACGAAACAGGCCUCUUUUGGAAGAAAAUGCCAAAGAGGACCUACAUUACUCGGGAAGAAAAGGCACUGCCAGGACACAAGCCUAUGAAAGACAGGCUGACGCUAAUGUUCUGUGCUAAUGCUAGUGGGGAUUUCAAAGUGAAGCCGUUACUAGUGUACCAUUCUGAAAAUCCCAGAGUGUUCAAGAAAAACAAUGUUAUGAAGAGUAAAUUGUGUGUGUUUUGGAGAUCUAAUAGUAAGGCAUGGGUCACAAGGGACAUUUUCGUAGAGUGGUUCAAUGAAGUGUUUGGCCCUAGUGUGAAGAAUUACCUCCUGGAAAAGAAAUUGGAUCUUAAGUGCCUCCUAGUAAUGGACAAUGCACCUGCUCAUCCUCCAAGCUUGGAUGACCUAAUUCUGAAGGAGUUUAGGUUCAUCACAGUAAAGUUCUUGCCCCCGAAUACCACGCCUCUCCUCCGGCCCAUGGACCAGCAAGUCAUUUCAAACUUAAAAAAAACUACACCAAAGCAAUGUUUGAAAGGUGCUUUAAUGUGACCUCAGACACUCACUUGACCCUAAGAGAUUUUUGGAAAGAACACUUCAGUAUUCUCCAUUACAUAAGCCUUAUAGGUAAGUCUUGGGAGGGAGUGACUACCAGGACUUUGAACUCUGCUUGGAGAAAAUUGUGGCCAGAUUGUGUCCACAAGAGGAAUUUUGAAGGGUUUGAGGCAGCCCAUGAUGAGCCUAUGUCAGUUGUGAACUCUAUUGUCGCACUGGGGAGUUGCAUGGGGUUGGAUGUGAGUUUGGAGGAUGUGGAAGAGUUGGUGGAGGCCCAAAAC